AUGACGGAAACUUACAGGUCUACCAUUGUCCUAGACGACGAUAGUGCUGUCAAGAACAUCCACAACCUUAACAGUAGAGUCGAUCACUCCUUUGCCAUUAAAGAACAUUCCCAAGGGAACCCCCUCGUCUCCUCAUGGCUUCCCACCGUUCAAGACACUCUCUCCUCACUCCUAUGCUGGACAGGCUCCUACUCGUCCGAGUUGCGUGAGCACUAUCUCAACUUCGCGCGUGAGAUUGUGGUUCCCUGUCUCAACCCGCCUCGUGCGGCCGACUGGCCCCGCUAUAUCGGCUCGCACAAUCAUGGGCCUUACGAGCUAAGUAUCGCUUUUGCACCUCAAAAAAAGGCCAAAGUGCGGUUUUCAAUUCAGCCACUGGCGGAUGGUAAUUCUGUCGAUGACCCCCUGGGGCAGAAGGAUCUACGCAAGAAAAUCGAGGACAUGGCGUCCGCGUGCGACGCAGACCGCAAGCGGUUGAAUACUUUUUUCGAUUCAGUAUUCCUCACUGAUGAGGAGCUGGCCAACCUACUUGAAAAGCAUGCUAGUCAAAACAACACGGCUGACGUGCUGCCGCAGCAGAACUGUAUGGUUGCGUUCGAUCUUGAACCCGGGAGCCCGGCCAUUCAUAUGAAGCUGUACCUGUUUCCGCAGCUAAAAGCUCUCGCGACAGGCCGGGACCUGAUGGACGCUACAGAGUCGAUUCUAAUGAGGCUUGCGGAUGGUGACGAGGCGCUGCUAGCGUCCUGGAAAACGCUUCGAACGUUUCUCACCUCUGAUGGGAAGGAUAACCUCAUACAUUUCCUUGCCAUCGACUGCGUGGGGCCCCAUAUGGAGCCUCGCUUCAAGGUCUACGCCCACACACACGUCAACUCACUCGCCUCAGCCCGCCGUGUCAUCACCCUGGGUGGUCGGAUCCCCUCACCCAAAUUCCUAGAUACUCUUUGGCCCCUUCUUAUGGAUAUGGAAGACGUUCCUCUAGCCGAAAGGGACGGACUGCAGAAGCCGCUCCGCGAACCGGAUAGCAAGUACUGCGGACUCAAUCCCACAUUUGAGCAGAUGCCAGGAAAUGCAACCCCAAUAGUCAAGAUGUACGUGCCCAUUUGGCAAUAUGCGCGCGACGAGCCCGGGAUCUUGCAGCGCUACCAGCGCUUGCUACAGACCCAAGGUUUGGGGCACUACGACAUUGAAGCUGCUGCUCAAUGCGUAUUCGGCGAUGAGAGGGACAGAGGCCUGCACAACAUGGCAUCAAUUGUUUCUACUGGAGGCGGAGAGGGCGCAGCAUUCACUGCCUACCUUGGGCCAAUUUUGUGGGAAUAA